AUGAUCAACUCCAGACAGAACUAUCUGAAUGCUAAGCGCUUCUCAGCGGAUCUGGCGCUCGAGCACAUCAUACCGCACAACGUGUGUUUUUAUUUGAUUCCCCCGAUCGUAGAUCUGACGAUCGAUGAGUUCGAGAAGCUGGCACUGGAACGGUUGAAGAUGCUGCGCCUGCUCGAGCAGGUUACGGCGAAAAACCCGAAAGUUUCAUCAGAGGCAUGGCGUGAAGCGGUCCUGCACGAUGUUAACCACGAAGGGCUUCGUACGUACGCCAAGCUAGCCCGUGGCAACGUGAACGAUGAUGUCUGCAAAGCCGCACGUCGAAGGGAUUAUUUGUCACAUUUUAUCCUGCGCUUUGCCUACUGUCGGUCGGAGGAGUUACGCCGGUGGUUCGUUGCUCGGGAGAUGGAACUGUUCAGGCUAAAGUUUGGUGGUUUAUCGACGCGGGACGUAAAGGAUUUCCUUGAGGUGUACGAGCUAGAGUACAAACCACUGGCGGACGAAGAGAAGUUGGACAUUUCGGAACAUCUGUGUGCAAGCACGAUGAACAUUACCCGGCUGAAGGUAGAAACGCAAGACUUUUAUGCGGUUCAUUUCACCGAAGUGUUAAACCUGGUGCGCGAUAGAAAAUGCUUCCUCAAGGGUGGCACAGCGUACAUUACACCGGAACACUUUGCACACGUGAUCGGUAAGAAGCACCAGCAGCUCAUUGAGGACGGUCUGAAGGGACAUUUGCGUUUGCUGCCCACGUUGGAAGUCGACGAAAGGUUCUCGAUGCUGCUCAAAUCGAUCCACACCUCGUACACGGGCAAGAACUAUACGGUCGCCAAAAUGGGUUCCGUUCCGAUUGAAAGUCUCGAUCAGCUGUCGAAGAAAUCGUUCGCCCUCUGUAUGCGCAACGUGCACGAUACGCUACGAGCAACGCACCAUCUCAAGCACGUAGGACGGAUGCAGUACACACUGUUCCUGAAAGCGAUCGGCGUUACGAUGGAAGACGCGCUACGCUUCUGGCGCGAGGAACUUACCCGUGGCAAGGUACCGAUUGAAAAGUUCGAGAAAGAGUAUGCGUACGCGAUCCGGCACAAUUACGGCAAGGAAGGAUCACGCAUCAAUUAUUCUCCGUUUUCCUGCAUGAAGGUGAUCACGACCCCAAUCGGUCCGGGUGAAACGCAUGGCUGUCCGUUUAGAAAUUUGGACCCGAGCACGCUGAAGAUGAAACUUACCGGAUACGGUUUAAGUACGCUCGAUGCGGAUGAGGUAACGGGAUAUGCGGCCAAGGGACAUUACCAGAUCGCGUGCGGGAAGUACUUUGAAGUGAUCCACGAAACAAAGCUAGAAGAGGGCAUCCAUCAUCCGAACCAGUACUUUGAGCUUAGCCAGCUAACGAUGGAAGGUAAGGAACGGCCUAGGCAAAGCAAUGUUACGAAUCAAUCGGCUCGCCGCAAUUACGGUCAGCAGCAGCAAAACAGUCAACCGUCGCAGGACAGUUACGUGGCCGAUUCAAGCACACUGAACGGUGCCGAGGAUAUGGAACUGUGGGAAAUUAUGGAAACGAAGGAUAAAGAGGCGGACGGUACGUUGUUGAGUGAAAAAUCGGCACCGGCGUACGAGAAGAAGCAACUGACGCCGACAAGAAGCAAAUCAUCGCAGGAAUGGGAAGAUGACGAUUUCGAUAUGCUGGAGUUUAACGAGUAA